AUGGGCUUUUCACGGCGCAUGCAAAGUGCUUCGAAUAAUGGCACUUUUAAUGUCUCACUAGGAAACUAUUUACCAGCAGGCAUAUAUUAUGUCAAUGCCUCUAUUGGCACCCCGAAGCAAGAGGUGAAUUUGCAAUUGGAUACUGGUAGUAGUGAUGUCUGGGCUUUUGGUGUGCAUUCCUGUGACCCCUCAACUUCUUACUGUCUGGGCGGUGCAUACAAUCCAAACCGGUCCAGCACGGCGACUGUCACAUCUGAAGGGGGUUUUGAAAUAUCUUACGUUACCGAAGGUUCAGGAGUGAAGGGUGACUGGGUUAAGGAUGAUUUUUCUGUUGGUAAUAUAACCAUUAAAGGCCUCAGUCUGGCAGUCGCAACGCAGGCGGCAGGUGUUCCUACUGGCAUCAUGGGCAUUGGGUUUCCGGCAGAUGAAUCGAACAUAACACAAUACCCCAAUUUCGUGGACCAAAUGGUACAGCAAGGUCUUACGAAGAGUCGUUCAUAUAGCCUGUGGCUAGACGAUCUUGACAACAACACCGGGAGUGUGCUUUUUGGUGGAUACGACUCUGAGAAAUAUCACAAUGACUUAGUAGCCUUGCCAAUGGAACCGAACGCGAGUGGGAUUUUCACUGAUCUCGCCGUGACAUGGACCUCCUUUUCCUUCACAGAUGCGAAUGGUACAGAAACCACAAUUUCUGGUCAGGACUUCAGGGAAUAUGCCAUUCUAGAUUCUGGUACCACGCAUGUUCUAAUCCCGGAUGACAUAUAUAGCAACAUAGCCAGCGCAGCCGGGGUUCAGGAUAAUGGCCAGGUCAAUUGUGGGUUGGCGAAGUCUGUGACUGGGACAUUCAACUUCGGCUUUGGGGGUCCGACUGGAGUGGCUAUCCCUGUUCCUUUACAUGAAUUUGUUUUACCUGUCAUUUUCCCCAACGGUACUUUGAUGACCGAUGAGAACGGUAACGAUGUUUGUAUAUUUGGCAUGGAGGCACAAAAUAACCGACCGCUACUGCUUGGCGACAGCAUGCUACGUGCGGCAUAUGUUGUCUAUAAUCUGGAUGAAAAGUGGAUCGGUAUGGCCCCUACUAAUUUCAACAGCACAACCUCCAACAUCACGGAAAUUAUCCCAAGCAGUAGCCUCCCUGCUGGAUGGAGCUCCGCGCCCAAUAUUUCUGUGAGCCAGACCGCCACUGGGUCUAUAGCUCCAGGAGGAUCUGUCCCAGCGAGUGCCAGCGGAUCCGUAACUUCAGGCUUUUCCACUCCCGUCACUGCAUCCACAGAGGCUACUGGCUUUACAACAGUUAUCUGA